AUGUCAAUUCCACCUCCUUCCUCAGAAUCCGAAUACGAAUCCAUCGAUCAUGUCUACAGAAACCUUCACCAAAAUUGCCAAACCUCCCAUUCCAUCGUUAGAUUGAGGAAAAUACCUCCGAUCCCGAUUCGUCAGAGCCAAAGUAUGGCUGAAAUGGCGGAAAAUAACGACGACGGUGACUGCAGUGACGACGGUGACGACGACGACGACGGGGAUAGCAAAGACGAUGCGAGUUAUGACCGUCAGUUGGAGGAAGAUUACAUACUCCAUGCUUCCGCCCUUGGCCUCAACCAUAUUCGCACUUGUUCUGUUCCUUCACCUCUUAGGGUCGUUUCUACGACUAUUACCCCCUCAAAAUUGGGUGCUAAUAGUAAAGAUAAGAUUGCAACUCCUCCUCGUGGAGAAGUGCAUACAAGACAACAUUCUAGGUGUACUGAUCCAGGCAAGAAGGUAUCAUGGAGUCAAUCUAAAUCCUUACGAGUCCUUCCACCACCCAUUGGUGGCUUAGAUUCGUUUCAUUGUGACUGAUUGCAGGGUAAUGCGGCUAUUUCUAAGGAAUUGCAAUCUCCAAGAUUCCAGGCCAUAAUGCGUGCUACAAGUGGUCGUAAAAAGAGAGCCACGGAUAUCAAGAGUUUCUCUCAUGAACUCAAUGCUAAAGGAGUACGACCUCUGCCUUUCUGGAAAUCUCGUGGGUUUGGGCGUGUGGAGGAAAUCAUGGUAAGGCUCAGGGGAAAGUUCGAUAAAUUAAAAGACGAAGUCAAUGCUGAUCUGUGUAUCUUUGCUGGGGAUUUGGUGGGCAUACUUGAAGAAACAUCAGUAUCUCACCCAGAAUGGCAAGAAAAUUUGGAGGACUUGUUAAUUAUAGCAAGGAAGUGUGCAAAAAUGACAUCCAGUGAAUUUUGGUUGAAAUGUGAAAACAUUGUUCAGAUCCUAGAUGAUCGCCGCCAGGAUUUACCUACGGGUAUCCUCAAACAAGUCCAUACCCGACUCUUAUUUAUACUUACUCGAUGCACCCGGCUUGUGCAGUUCCACAAGGAGUGUGGUUAUGAAGACAGUCACCACAUCUUGGGUCUUCACCAGCUCAGUGAUCUUGGUGUCUAUCAAAAAGUCAUAGAAUCUACAUACCAAAACUUCAGUAGCUCAUUGGGAGAAACUGAAGUAACUGAAACACAAAUUGACCAGGCCCAUGGGGCGAACCAGGAACAAGAUAAAGCAAAAAUAAUUUUAGAUGGAGGAAUCGAUGAUGUGGAGGUUAGUACAGCAAAAAGUGUUGCUUCGUCAACUAGUAGCUACAGGAUGUCAUCGUGGAAGAAAUAUCCAUCUUCAGCAGACAUCAGCCUCAAAGGCCAUGAUGAAGUUGACAGCCCAAGAAAUGAUGUCUCUGACCAAUUAGAACCUAAAGAUGACCAUGUCUAUAAUAUAGAAACACCAGUCUGCCCUCCUGAGGACUUAGAGUCACCAUCAAAUUUAAGAAGAGUUACAUCUGGGGAUUCAGGAGGUCAACAUCAUGUAGCUUAUGAGAGUUCAUUGAUCUGUCGUAUAUGUGAAGUUGAAAUACCCACUGUACAUGUUGAAGAGCACUCUAGGAUAUGUACAAUUGCUGAUAGAUGUGAUUUGAAAGGUUUGACCGUCAAUGAAAGACUCUAUAGAGUUGUAGAAACUCUCGAAAGGAUCAUUGAUUCAUGGACACCUAAGAGUGCAUUUGCUGCUGGAAAUCCAGAGGUUGGGAGAAUAUCUUCAUCCAGUACACCAGAAGAUUCUGACGAAUCAUCACCUAAAAACCACCGUUUGUCUCGUCAAUGCUCUGAAGAAUGCCCUGAAGAGAUACUAGAAUGUGUCCAUGAAGCUGGUACGGCAUAUGUGAUGGACAACCUGCACAGUUCGCCUGACAUGUCUAGUGAAACACGUGGAAACUUGACACCUGUUACAUGUCACAAAGCCUCAUCAGGUGGAAGCUUGACUCCUAGAUCACCUUUACUAACACCAAGAACAAACCAGAUCGAAGUAUUUCUGAGUGAAAGGAAGACCACAUCUGAGCAUGAAAACUGGCAGCAGAUACAUAAGCUACUGGAAAUUGCUCGAUCUUUGGCAAGUAUUAACACUAAUGAGUACAGUGCACUGGAGAUCAUGCUUGAUCGUUUAACAGAUCUCAAAUAUGCUAUCCAGGACAGAAAGGCGGAUGCUCUUGUUGUCGAAACAUUUGGUAGACGUAUAGAGAGACUAUUACAGGAGAAAUACGUACUUCUUUGUGGACAGAUAGAAGAUGAUAAGAUAGAAUCAAAAAGUAACAUGGCCAAUGAAGAUAGUUCGGUAGAGGAUGAUACAGUUCGUAGUCUGCGUGCCAGUCCUGUCAAUUCAUACUCUAAAGAUAGGACAUCUAUUGAGGAUUUUGAAAUAAUAAAGCCAAUCAGUAGAGGUGCGUUUGGACGAGUUUUUCUGGCCAGGAAAAGGGCAACAGGUGAUGUAUUUGCCAUAAAGGUUUUGAAGAAGGCUGAUAUGAUUCGUAAAAAUGCAGUUGAAAGCAUUUUGGCCGAGCGUGAUAUCCUGAUAUCAGUUCGUAAUCCUUUUGUGGUUAGAUUUUUCUACUCAUUCACAUGCAAAGAAAAUCUAUACCUGGUAAUGGAGUUUCUAAAUGGAGGAGAUCUUUUCUCUUUGCUGAGAACUCUAGGUUGCUUAGAAGAGGACAUGGCUCGUGUCUAUAUUGCAGAACUUGUUCUUGCAUUGGAGUAUUUACAUUCUUUGAAUAUUAUCCAUAGAGACCUGAAGCCAGACAACUUGCUAAUUGGUCCAGAUGGCCACAUCAAGUUGUCAGAUUUUGGGCUAUCCAAGGUGGGUCUCAUCAACAGCACAGAGGACUUAUCAGGUACAUCGGACAUCAGGACCUCUAUUUACAGGGAUGAUGAAGUUACAACAGAACGAAGAUCAUCGUUGAAUGGAGAACAACGUCAAAAACAGGCGGUCGUUGGAACUCCUGACUAUUUGGCUCCUGAAAUACUUCUUGGCGUGGGACAUGGUGCAACAGCUGAUUGGUGGUCUGUUGGUGUUAUUCUUUUUGAGCUACUUGUAGGGAUUCCACCAUUUAAUGCAGAAUCUCCAGAGCAAGUUUUUGCCAAUAUUAUGAACAGAGACAUACCAUGGCCCAAGGUUCCAGAGGAGAUGAGUUAUGAAGCAUAUGAUCUGAUUAACAAGUUGCUGACCGAAAAUCCAGUUCAACGUCUCGGUGUAACGGGGGCUGGAGAGGUAAAGACACACCAUUUCUUUAGGAAUAUCCACUGGGAUACACUUGCAAGGCAGAAGGCCACAUUCAUACCAUCUGCCGAAGCGCAUGACACCAGUUAUUUUAUGAGCCGGUAUAUUUGGAAUCCCGAAGAUGAGCAAGUCGAUGGAGGUAGUGACUUUGAUGAUAUGUCUGAUACAGGCAGCACAUGUGGUGAUAGUUCAUACGUCAACAUGUUAGAUGAAGAGGGUGAUGAAUGUAGUAACCUGGCUGAAUUUGGUGCUUCAGCUCUCAAUGUGAAUUACUCAUUCAGUAAUUUCUCAUUUAAGAACUUGUCUCAGCUGGCUUCUAUCAAUUAUGAUAUGCUUGUAAAGAGUGCUCAAGAAUCAAUAGGAAGUCCAAAACCAUGAGAAUUAAGCAAAGGUAAAUUAAUAACUGCUGCCUUGUUUUAGUUGCAAGGCACUGAGGAUUUUCCUGGCAGGCCUGUGGGAUUAGUCGAGGUGCCAGCAAGUUGGCCCGAUACACCCGUGGUUAAAAAAAAGUCGAUAUCCCAUUAAGCCGCCUCCUUUUGUUUCAGGCGGUAGAGAAGUGUGUUUUCUUAAUUUUAAAGCACAUACAUACUCUUUCUUUGCUUUUGUAACUUGAGUAUGAAAUAAAUUCGAAUU